GGAGAAAGUGGUGUUGUAUUCAAACUUCGAAUAAUAAACAAAAGCGAAUAAAUUGUAAAAAUGAGUAAUUCAACUAUUUCUGAUCAAUCGCUCAUGGACAAAUCUAUGCGAAGUGUUUUCGUCGGGAAUAUCCCGUACGAAGCUACAGAAGAGAAUUUAAAGGAUAUUUUUAGUGAAGUUGGACCAGUGCUUUCAUUUAAAUUAGUGUUUGAUCGGGAGACAGGCAAGCCUAAAGGAUAUGGUUUUUGUGAGUAUAAAGAUCAAGAAACAGCUCUUAGUGCUAUGAGAAAUUUGAAUGGUUAUGAAAUUGGUGGAAGGACAUUAAGAGUUGACAAUGCAUGUACAGAAAAGAGUCGAAUGGAAAUGCAAAGUCUUUUACAAGGACAAAACACUGAAAAUCCAUAUGGAGAAGCAGUACAGUCAGAUAAAGCUCCAGAAGCUAUAAGUAAAGCUGUUGCAUCUUUGCCACCUGAACAAAUGUUUGAACUUAUGAAGCAAAUGAAACUUUGUGUACAAAAUAAUCCAAAUGAGGCACGUCAAAUGUUGCUGCAGAAUCCUCAACUGGCAUACGCUUUGCUGCAAGCUCAGGUAGUAAUGAGAAUAGUGGAUCCUCACACAGCAGUUAAUAUGUUACAUAAAGCAAAUCCAAUCCCAGGUGUAUUAACACCUUCUGAUAAACCAGCUGUGCAUCCAGUUGUUCCCCGAAUUGAAGAACCAUGGGCUCCUACACGUCCAGCAGCAGUUACUAAUACUCCAGCACCAAUAUUUGCUGGACAAGAUGUUGAUUUACGUACAUUAGACAGACAAAUGGAUCCACGUUUGGCUAGAAUGGACCAAGAUUUAAGAGGUCCACAACAAGUACAACCAACACCUGUUAGUGCAUCUCCAGCUGUAUCUGCCAAUACAGAUCCCAGAGGACUUAGUACAUUUAAUAUUUCAGACAACACACUUCCUGUUGAAGGAGUUGAGAGUUUCUGUCGUGAUCCAAGAACAGAUAGAUUUGGUAGAGAUCCAAGAGAUCCUAGAGAUCCAAGAAUGCCUAUUGAUCCUAGAAUUACAAAAGCGAAUCCACCUGUACCAGUUGCACCUCCAGUGGUGCCAAGACCUGUUGCUGCACCUACUGGUCAGUCUUCAAAUGUUGCUGCAGCUAAUGCUGCAGCUCCUGUUACUGCAUUGACCACAUCAACAACAUCUGCUACAUCGAGGCUUAUGGCAGGCAUGUCUCCAGCAGGAAAUAUACCGAGCGGAGCAUCUGAUCAAGAGAAGGCGGCUUUGAUAAUGCAGGUACUGCAAUUAUCAGAUGAACAAAUUGCUAUGUUACCACCUGAACAAAGACAAAGUAUCUUAUUACUUAAAGAACAGAUUGCUAAAAGUGCACAACGUUAA